CCGCUUUCCCUGAAGUUCUUGACAGAUCCGACUUCAGAUUGAGAGAAUUCAAGAUGGCUGCUACAGGUUCUUUCUAAAGGCCUAACUCUUCUGGAUCCCCUCGUGCAUGACGCUUUCCUGAGGUUGUGGUCUUAAGUGCUGUGUCCCCCACCCCCUGCUGCCUCUCAUCAUGUCCUCCACCUCCUCCUCAUACUCCUCCUCGGGGGAGACUAGUCCAGAGGAUGUACCUCGAGGUGGGGGCACCAUCCGAGUCUACCUCCCCAACAAACAGAGGACAGUGGUGAAUGUUCGUCAAGGACAGACUGUGCAUGAGAGUCUAGAUAAAGCGCUCAAAGUGAGAGGCCUAAGCCAAGAAUGCUGUGCUGUAUUUCGCCUUCUAGAAGGGCGUAAGAGACUGACAGAUUGGGACACGAAUAUCACUCCUCUGGUUGGAGAGGAACUUUUAGUUGAGGUCCUGGAUGAUAUUCCCCUCUCAAUGCACAAUUUUGUACGGAAAACUUUCUUCAAGCUGGCUUACUGUGAUUUUUGCCACAAGUUUCUUUUUAACGGCUUCCGAUGUCAGACAUGUGGCUACAAAUUUCACCAACACUGCAGUAGCAAGGUUCCCACUGUAUGUGUGGAUAUGGAUACAGUGACCAAACGGUGUGAUUCCAACCCGUGCACAGAUGAGUACCCUCAAAUCCUAUUGCCAGAACAUUCCCCAUCGCAGAGCAACCUAGCCUUAACCCCAGAGCCUGCUGGGAUGGACCUGCUGUCCCCAACCUCGGCCUUUCGCUUCCCCAUACCUGGUGGAGAUGGUCAGUCUCUACAGAGGCAUCGCUCCACAUCCACUCCCAAUGUUCAUAUGGUCAGCACAGUGGGCCCUGCUGGUGCCAACAUCAUAGAGGAAGCACUUAAAUGCAACAACACAAUAGGUCCUGAGCCCUCACCCAAGCCCUCCACCAGUCCUCCCUCUUCUCUGGGCUCUCCAGGGAGGAGGCCCCCCAAAUCCCCAUCAGAGCACAAAGAGCGCAAGCCCUCUUCGUCUGAUGACAAAAAGAAAGUGCACCGAGGUGGCUACAGAGACUCCAGUUACUACUGGGAAGUUCACUCUCGAGAAGUCACCAUCCAGAAGAGAAUAGGUGCCGGCUCCUUUGGAACAGUCUUCAAGGGAAAGUGGCACGGAGAUGUCGCAAUUAAGAUUCUUAAAGUCACAGAACCAACGCCUGAGCAGCUCCAGGCCUUUAAGAAUGAAAUGCAGGUCCUACGGAAGACCCGCCACGUCAACAUCCUGCUGUUCAUGGGCUACAUGACUAAGCCCAACUUCGCCAUCAUCACACAGUGGUGUGAAGGCAGCAGCCUGUACCGCCAUCUGCACGUCACGGAGACCAAGUUUGACACUAUGCGACGCAUUGAGGUGGCCAGACAGACAGCGCAGGGCAUGGAUUAUCUUCAUGCAAAGAACAUAAUUCACCGAGAUCUCAAAUCAAACAAUAUUUUUCUCCAUGAGGGCUGGACUGUAAAGAUCGGCGACUUCGGCCUGGCCACGGUGAAGUCUCGGUGGAGCGGCUCCCAGCAGGUAGAACAGCCCAGUGGAUCCAUUCUGUGGAUGGCUCCGGAGGUGAUCCGAAUGCAGGACAGUAACCCCUAUACGUUCCAGUCCGAUGUAUACGGCUAUGGUGUAGUGUUGUUCGAGCUGAUGUCAGGGACCCUGCCUUACUCCAAUAUCAACAACAGAGACCAGAUAAUCUUUAUGGUUGGACGAGGUUACUUGUCUCCAGACCUCAGUAAGCUGUAUAGUACCUCACCCAAGUCCAUGAAAAGGCUGAUUAUUGAUUGCCUGAAGUUCAAACGUGAUGAGAGACCCCUGUUUCCACAGAUCCUGGUAGCCAUUGAGCAGGUUCAAGACCUGCUGCCAAAAAUCGAGCGCAGCCGUUCAGAGCCCUCACUCCAUCGGGCCGUCCACGCUGAGGACCUGAACCCCCUCCUGUUCCACACCACCAGGCUGAUGCCCCUCUAAGCUCCCACCAGCACCGGGCGGACAGGCUGCCACCCUGUCCACAACCACAGCGUUCAGGCCUCAGAAAGGCCACAGCGGGCUGUCCUGACAGACGAGACCCUCAACCUACCCCUCACCUCUGCAGAGACCCAGAGCUGCAGCAGUCAACGCAAAACUCUGAAACAAACUGCAAAUGUAACCUGAAGUUAAGUCCAGUCAUAAGACUCAUUUUCCCUUAUACAGUCUGUCCAUGAGAAAGUAGGUUCAGAUACGCCUGGUCAGACACCUCCAAUCAAACAUUUCGACCUAAAAUGUUAAAAUUGGGCAAAUUUGCACAUGAACUGCUUUAGUGAGGAGUUCUGUGAUCACAGCCCAAACCGUUAAUAGUUUGAACAGUGGUCCCAGUACUGGGGCUGCUGGUUCAGGACACCUGACCAGCUCACAUACCACAGAUGCUCAUGUCACGUGACCCUUUCAGUCCAGUGAAUGUGAUCUGAGAUGUGACGUUUAUGAUUUCUAAACAAACUGAGUGCCUGACUGAGAGCCUUCAUCCAUGUGUGUAAACAGAGAUAAUCCCAUCUGUUCUGUCAAAGAUACAACAAAGUGAAGCAGCAGUUUGUUCUUGGACAUUUUCCUUUUUAGUUGAUAUUAGAAGUGGAAACCGUCUAAAACCUGUGAUGUAUUUUACCACAGCAACAAGCCAGCAAAAGACAAAGAGAAAGCUCAAUCUGUUAGAAGCUUUAAUAACUUUAGACACUGAACUGUGCAGAUGUUUU